CCCGGAGCACAGCAAAACAGGUUAAAGGAAGGGGAGAGGAGAGACUUGGCUAGCAAAGGUCUUGUUCUGCAGGUGACACCUCACAGCUGGUGCUCUGCGGAGCCUGUGGUAAGCAAGUCCUUCAGACCCUUAAAGGGGUCCCGCCUCUCAGUUUGUCUUUCCUAGAUCCAGACAUGGAGACUGCAGAGAAAGGCUGUGUGCAUCUGCUGUCUAUUCCACCGUCUCCUCUGCAGAGGCGGAUUUUCCUGACUGAAGACCACGUUGCAGGCCCACAGCUGCCUACAAGCCCUCUGGGCAACCAUCCCAAAAUAUGGCUAAGAAGCCUAUUCUGAGAGAUAAAGUCUCACCAUGUUGCCCAGGCUGGUCUUGAACUCCCGGACUCAUCCUAAAGUGCUGGCCUCUCAUUCCCUGUCUGUGCACACCUCACGGCAAGGGCCAGCCCGUUUCCUCCUGGUCACCUCCAAAUCUUGCUGCUUUUAAUUCAACUCAGAGAAGGGAAUCAGCCACCUUGUGUUCACCACCUCUGGGGAAGGUGUGAGAGGGGAGAAGGAAGUGGCUGUUUGGCUGCUGACAACAUGAAGACUUCCUGCGAUGAGAACAGAGGCACAGGUGCCGGCCCUGCAGUCCCCAGAACCCGGACUGGAGGGGGCCAUGGGGCGCCGGACCCUGGCCCUGCCCUGGGUGCUGCUGACCCUGUGUGUCACUGCGGGGACCCCGGAGGUGUGGGUGCAAGUUCAGAUGGAGGCCACUGAGCUCUCGUCCUUCACUGUCCAUUGUGGGUUCCUGGGGCCUGGCUCCAUCUCCCUGGUGACUGUGAGCUGGGGAGGCCCCGAUGGUGCUGGGGGGACCAAGCUGGCUGUGUUGCACCCAGAACUUGGCACCCGGCAAUGGGCCCCUGCUCGCCAGGCCCGCUGGGAAACCCAGAGCAGCAUCUUUCUCGCCCUGGAAGACUCUGGGGCCAGCAGCCCCUUCGCCAACACCACCUUCUGCUGCAAGUUUGCUUCCUUCCCUGAAGGCUCCUGGGAGUCCUGUGGGAGCCUCCCGCCCAGCUCAGACCCAGGGCUCUCUGCCCCGCCAACUCCUGUCCCCAUUCUGCGGGCAGAUCUGGCCGGGAUCUUGGGGCUCUCAGGAGUCCUCCUCUUUGGCUGUGGAUACCUCCUUCACCUGCUGCGCCGACAGAAGCACCGCCCUACCCCUAGGCUACAGCCAUCCCACACCAACUCCCAGGCACUGACAGCACAAGCAUGGGCGCCCAGCCAGGCCUCCCAGGCUGCUCUCCACGACCCUUAUGCCACUAUCAACACCAGCUUCUGCCCAGCUACUUUGGACACGGCUCACCCCAACGGGUGGGCAUCACUCCCCACCCACGCCGCACACCAGCCCCAGGGCCCUGCCGCCUCGGCCUCCACACCCAUCCUUGCACAUGGCAGCUUUGUCUCUGUUGAGAACGGACUCUACACUCAGGCAGGGGAGAGGCCUCCCCACACCAGUCCCGGCCUCACUCUUUUCCCUGACUGUCGGGGUCCCAGGGCUGUGGAAGGACGCUUCGGAGUUCGAUGAGAGAGACCAUGAGGCCACUGGACUUUCCCCUUCCCUGGCCUCCUGGGCGCCACCCCCUUACUUUAUUCUUGGGCCUCCAAUAAGUGUACCACGGGUACUUGGCCAGGCCCACCUGCUGCGGAUGUGGUCUGUGUGUGUGCAUGCAUGGGGGUGUGUGGGCACAGGUGUGAGUGUGUGCGUGACAGAACCCCAUUCCAGUCGUUUCCUGCCGUGACGAAGUCAGCAACACAGUUUCUCUGA